AAAGUCACUCAAAAGUAGACGGGUUGCUAUGGGCUUCGGUUUAUGAGGGCAUAGGGAUUUGAUUUUGCUGGGGUUUCGUUAGUGUAAGCUUUCAGGUCGAUUGGUUCGAGUAGAUAUAAUUUUUUACCACUAACCUCCAAUAAAAAGUUUCAUUCGCAAUGGGUGCAAAGAAAAAUCCGAGACACGCGAAAAAAGAAGCAAAGCAGCAGCUGGCCAAUAAGAAUGGGAAGAAGCCUGAGGGUGGGGCCGGGGGCUCCUUCUUCACCUGGUUCAUGGUUCUGGCCCUGCUUGGCGUGUGGACCUCUGUGGCCGUGGUUUGGUUCGACCUGGUCGACUACCAGGGCGUCGUCGCCAAAGCAAAGGACCUCCAUUCUAAUCUUUCAGAAGUAAUACAAGGAAAACUCGGAUCCUACGAUGCGGACAAUGACGGCGACUUCGAUUUGGAGGACGUCCAAGUAAUGCUAGGGCUGAAGGACAAGCCGGCCGUCGUGGUGCAAACAGAGGCGACGAAAGAGGAAGCAGCAGCUCCACCAGCAGAACAAGAACCUGAGCCAGAACCUGAGCUUGAACUGGAACCGGAACCAGAACAAGAACCGGAACCGGAACCGGAACCUGAGCCUGAGCCAGAGCCCGUCGUGGAGGAGCCUACAGAGCCAGAGGUGGAGGAAGAGAUCGAAGCUGUAGAGGAAGAGGUGGAGGAAGAGCAGGUGGUGGAGGAGGAACCAGUUUUGGAGGAAGUGGCUGCCCCAGUUGAAGAGGAAGCAGGUCUUUGGGGAGAAGAGGCUGCUCCUGCAGAAGAGGAAGUAGCUGUUACUGAAGAAGAGGAAGUGGCUGCUCCCGUGGAGGAGGAAGUGGCUGCUCCUGUAGAAGAGGAAGUGGCUGCUCCUGUGGAAGAGGAAGAGGCUGCUGCCGUUGAAGAGGAAGAGGCUGCUCCUGUGGAAGAGGAAGAGGCUGCUCCUGUGGAAGCGGACGAGGCUGCUCCUGUGGAAGCGGAAGAGGCUGCUCCCGUGGAAGCGGAAGUGGCUGCUCCCGUAGAAGAGGAAGUGGCUGCUCCCGUAGAAGAAGAAGUGGCUGCUCCCGUAGAAGAGGAAGUGGCUGCUCCCGUAGAAGAGGAAGUGGCUGCUCCCGUGGAAGAGGAAGUGGCUGCUCCCGUGGAAGAGGAAGUGGCUGCUCCCGUGGAAGAGGAAGUGGCUGCUCCCAUAGAAGAGGAGGUAGCCACUCCAGUUGAAGUGGAAGAGGCCGCCCUGGUUGAGGAGGAAGAGGCUGCACCAGUUGAGGAAGAAGAGGCUGCACCAGUUGAGGAAGAAGAGGCUGCACCAGUUGAGGAGGAAGAGGCUGCACCAGUUGAGGAAGAAGAGGCAGCACCAGUUGAGGAAGAAGAGGCUGCACCUGUGGAAGAGGAAGCUGUUGAGGAGGUGCAGGAAGAGGCUGCUCCUGCAGAAGAUGUUGAAGAGGAGGAAGUAGCCCAGGAAGAGGGGGAGUCGGAGCCAGUGGAGGAGGAGGUAGCUGCAGCUGAAGAGGCAGAGCCAGAGGCUGAAGCGUUAACUGAAGGUGAAUCUGAAGAAGUUCCUGAAGAGGAGGAAAUGCUUCAGGAAGAAACAGAAGCAGAUGAACCCGUUCCAAUUGAAGAACAGGCUAAAGCAGAGUCUUCAGAAGAACCUGUUGCGACAGAGCAACAAUUUGAGGAGGAGCCGAUUGAAGAACCUGUUGCGACAGAGCAACAAUUUGAGGAGGAGCCCAUUGAUACGUAAAGCUUGAACAGGAACAUGGGGAGAUCACGAGGACACACCCCGACAACAUUCCACUGAGAGGGAGCGUCUGAAAAAUCCCACCGCUGAGCAAAAAAUGGGAAAAAAAACAAAAAAACAAAACGAAAAAAAGAAUACCAUGGAGAGAGUCCUGACUGGUGGCGUGGAGUCCAGGAGUCAAACCCCUUCAGAACCCAUCCUCCCUGUCUGUUCGUCUCUCACCCUUUCUUCUUGUCCACGGUUCACUCUUUUAGUUCACUCAACCUUUCUUUAGUGACGUAUGAUUAUGCUUUUUCUCCCGCUCGUGAUUAUUCCCCCCCCCCCCCUUUAUUUUAUCUCACGUUUUUUUCUGCGAUUGAAAAUUGUGAAUGAUUUUCAGGAUCUUAGGUAGCAUCUUUCAUUAAUCGCGUUAUAUUCUUAGUCUCUCUCUCCGACCCCUUUCAUUUUUAGUCUGUUAGAUGGAUGUUUUGUUCAGUUUUUUGAGUUGUAAUUGCAGUCAGUGUGAAAAGAGCAGAGGUACAUGUCUUUGUUUGUUAGCCGCAGGUUUCAGCCUGUGGCCGAGGGCGGCCAGCUCUCGCCCUCGUGUGUGUUCCCCCCUCGUCACGGCCGCCAUCUUGUUUUGUGACGUAACGGCGACGCGUCUGUGAAGGAUCUUUAUGCAAAGCUGAAGCGGUCUGUCACCGAGUCGCUCAGCUGAAACGUUUUGUAUUACCAGUAUGUAUUUAGUGCUCACGUCACUGUCGCACAGCUGUCAAGAAUCUAUGCUGGCAGGGCUACUCAAGGGAAUUGUCUGGUGGUGCGUGUGUGUGUGUGCGUGUGUGUCUGUGUGUGUGUGUGUGCGUGUGCGUGUGUGUGUGUGUGUGCGUGCGCGCGCAUGACCUCGUGUGCACAGCUCGCUUUUUUUGAGCAUCCAUAAUGAGCCGUGAUGUCAUUAUCGGCAGAUUGUCAGCUUAUUUUCAGUAUUUUAACACACUGUACCUCUGUUUGGUAGCUGUUUGGUACUGCAAGUGUUCUCCACACGCACCUCAACUAAGAAACCACAGCAGCUUCUUCACCUCUUGAUAUUUAGUGGACCACAUCUGUUAGCCAGACGUUGUGAGUGAUGAUAGCACAUUCUCUUUAUUCCUUGUGCUUAGGUUUAAAUCUCUACGUGGUUCGGGAUCAGUGAAUGUCUAUUACCACUGCUCUGUAUGAAUAUAGUUUUUUUUUAUUAUUAUUAACUAAUGAAUGAGUGCUUUUGCACACAGCUGUGAAGCUUAAGGUGGGUUUUUUUAUUUAGUUUAUUUUUUUGGGACUUGUGUGACAAACACACCUUUGAACAUAAACCCAGUUAGAUUUUUUUUUCCAUCUUUUAAAAAAAAUUUUUUUUUUUACUGGUCAUGUUUCUUUGACUCCUGAUUGGACCGUGUCUGCUUGGUCCUGCUGACCGCUUGCAGUCGCGCUGCAGAAACACAGCCUGGGUUUUUCGAGCGGGCAGCCGGUUCGCGGUCAAGUCUCACUGCAAAAGGAGGGGGGCACUCCGCCUGCAGAGAGGGGGAGAGUGUGUGCGCGUGUGUGUGUGUGUGUGUGUGUGUGUGAGUGUGCACCUGUCUGUCUGUCUGUGUGUGUGUGUUUGCGUCUGUGUGUGUGUGAGACCUGGAAUAUGAAUGACUGCAGGUUUUACAAGAGCUGUGCUCAGCAUGGAGUUUCUUCAACUGGGAUUCUUAAGAAUAUUAACUGUUUAAAAAAAAAGAAAAAUAAAAAAAAAAGGUUUUAAAAAAAAAAAAAGGGUGGUUGGGUUGAGGGGGAAGGCGAGGGAGUUAAAAAAAGAAAAAAAGAAAAAAAAAGUAGUUAAUCUAAAGGGAAUGCAGCCGAAUUUAAGAGGAUUGAGCCUGUACCUGAUCUCUCAUGUCCCAACUGUCUUCCUGCAUCUGGGGCUCCACUCGUUUUCUUGUUUUCCCCCCCUUUCUAGUGUUUGUUAUUGUUGUUGUUGAUGUCGUCGUCAUAGCGAUUUUAUCAAAAGGACGUUAAAUGUGGCUCUGCCAGGGCACCAAGGCUAAAGGAUUAACUGAAAACCGAGUUGGAUCUUUUGAAGGAAACUCAGUGAUGUGUUUUUAGUCCCUUCUCUCACUGUGAAUCAUUGUUUUUUUUUUUAUCUCCGUGGGUUCAGUAUGUUGUCGUAUUUGUGGCGUUUUACGUACAUCAUGGUGAUUCAGAACCUGCCGAAGCAGUGACGGACUUUAGGAAAUUCUGCAGUGCAAAUUAUUGUUUUUUUUUUUUUUUUCUUCUUUUAUUUUUUCUGGGAGGUGGCAGAGGUGUUUCAGAAAUUCAUCAGUAGAACCAGUAGGUUGCAUAAUGCAGUUUUGUAGGAAAAAAGUUUUUUUUUUUCUAUAACACUAGUGGGUCUUUUCUACUCUUAUAAAUAACACUUUUGAAGUCUGUGAAUUUUUAAAGGCGGUGUUAAGUUGACAUUUUCAGCUGUACAAGAUUCAUUCUAGAUUUUUAAAGACACUUUUUAGAUGAACAUUUUUAAUUCUCUGAAUUUAAAGAAGUGUUGAAGAACUUUUUCAAAGCCAUAUGUGAAAGGUGGGUCCUUGCUGCUUCAGCAUAUCACUUCAAGGGAAAGACAUCGCACAGCUAGCAAUAACACAUCACAACUGUCUCAAAAAAAAGAAAAGGAAUUAUUUCUUUUUGCGGUUCACAUUUGAACAGAGGUUUAUGCAGCACACGUUUCCUUUAGGUUUACAUGGUAUUCUGCUGUAAAAGGGUAACUAACCGGUUUUAAAUUAUUGUGAAAUUGCAUUCCUGAGGCGUUUCGUCAGCUGUCGACGGUUUUCUGUAAAUUUUCUGUUUUGAGGCUGCAAUAAACAUUUGGGACAACU